GGAAAGCCGCGCGGAGAUCGCAGAGACGAGGGAGGCGCCCGCGGCUGCGGAGCUGCAGAGCAGGGUCUCUCCGGCUUCUGUGUCGGGCACCGGGCGCGCCACUGGGCCAGAGGGCAGUGCAUCCUUUCGGUGCGGGCCGCCAGGGCCCCUGCGGUCGGCAAGCUGGCUCCCCGGGUGGCCACCGGGACCCCCGAGCCCAAUGGCGGGGGCGGCAGCAAAAUCGACAGCACUGUAGAGAUCACCCCCAGCCCCAAUGGACAGGUCGGGACCCUCGGAGAUGCGGUGCCCACGGAGCAGCUGCAGGGUGAGCGGGAGCGCGAACGCGAGCGGGGUGGGGAGGGCGACGCGGGUGGCGACGGGAUGGGCAGCAGCCUGUCGCUGGCCGUGCCCCCCGGCCCCCUCAGCUUCGAGGCGCUGCUCGCCCAGGUGGGGGCGCUGGGCGGCGGCCAGCAGCUGCAGCUCGGCCUCUGCUGCCUGCCCGUGCUCUUUGUGGCGCUGGGCAUGGCCUCGGACCCCAUCUUCACGCUGGCGCCCCCGCUGCAUUGCCACUACGGGGCCUUCGCCCCCAACGCCUCUGGCUGGGAGCAGCCCCCCAACGCCAGCGGCGUCAGCGUCGCCAGCGCCGCCCUAGCAGCCAGCGCCGCCAGCCGCAUCGCCACCAGUACGGACCCCUCGUGCAGCGGCUUCGCCCCGCCGGACUUCAACCACUGCCUCAAGGACUGGGACUAUAGCGGCCUCCCCGUGCUCACCACCAACGCCAUCGGCCAGUGGGAUCUGGUGUGUGACCUGGGCUGGCAGGUGAUCCUGGAGCAGAUCCUCUUCAUCCUGGGCUUUGCCUCUGGCUACCUGUUCCUGGGCUACCCGGCAGACAGGUUUGGCCGUCGUGGGAUUGUGUUGCUGACCUUGGGACUGGUGGGCCCCUGUGGAGUGGGAGGGGCUGCUGCAGGCUCCUCCACAGGUGUCAUGGCACUCCGAUUCCUCCUGGGCUUUCUGCUUGCCGGCGUUGACCUUGGUGUCUACCUGAUGCGCCUGGAGCUGUGCGACCCAACCCAGAGGCUUCGGGUGGCCCUGGCAGGGGAGUUGGUGGGGGUAGGGGGGCACUUCCUGUUCCUGGGCCUGGCCCUUGUCUCUAAGGACUGGCGAUUUCUGCAGCGAAUGAUCACCGCUCCCUGCAUCCUCUUCCUGUUUUAUGGCUGGCCUGGUCUGUUUCUGGAGUCUGCACGGUGGCUGAUAGUGAAGCGACAGAUUGAGGAGGCCCAGUCUGUGCUGAGGAUACUGGCUGAGCGGAACCGGCCCCAUGGGCAGAUGCUGGGAGAGGAGGCCCAGGAGGCCCUGCAGGACCUGGAGAACUCCUGCCCUCUCCCUGCAACAUCCUCCUUUUCCUUCGCUUCCCUCCUCAACUACCGCAACAUCUGGAAAAAUCUACUUAUCCUGGGAUUCACCAACUUUAUUGCCCACGCCAUUCGCCACUGCUACCAGCCUGUGGGAGGAGGAGGGAGCCCAUCGGACUUCUACCUGUGCUCCUUGCUGGCCAGCGGCACGGCUGCCCUGGCCUGCGUCUUCCUGGGGGUCACCGUGGACCGAUUUGGCCGCCGGGGCAUCCUGCUUCUCUCGAUGACCCUCACUGGCAUUGCGUCCCUGGUCCUGCUGGGCCUGUGGGAUUAUCUGAACGCGGCCGCCAUCACCACCUUCUCAGUCCUUGGCCUCUUCUCCUCCCAAGCUGCUGGCAUCCUCAGCACCCUCCUUGCUGCUGAAGUCAUCCCUACCACUGUCCGGGGCCGAGGCCUGGGCCUGAUCAUGGCACUGGGGGCACUUGGCGGGCUGAGUGGCCCAGCCCAGCGCCUCCACAUGGGCCAUGGAGCUUUCCUGCAGCACGUGGUGCUGGCGGCCUGUGCUCUCCUCUGCAUCCUCAGCAUCAUGCUUCUGCCGGAGACCAAACGCAAGCUCCUGCCUGAGGUGCUCCGGGAUGGGGAGCUGUGCCGCCGGCCUUCCCUGCUGCGGCAGCCACCCCCUAACCGCUGUGACCACGUUCCACUGCUUGCCACCCCCAACCCUGCCCUCUGAGCGACCUUCGAGCACCCUGGCAGGAGGCUGGCCCAUACAGAAAGGUGGCACAAGGCUCUGGCAAGGAGAGCGGGAGGACUGAAUGAGGAAGGCAGGGCUGCCCUGAAGCCUCAGAGGCACCUCACGCCAGUCAUCAUGGAGAGCUCAGAGGGCUGCCCUCAACCCCAUCUCCUCCUUGCUGCUUUGUGUUCACUUCCUUGGCAAGAGUCAGGGGACAGGGAGGGAGCUCCACACUGUAUCCACCAGGUCUGGGCUCCAUCCUAUGCCCAAAGACAUCCUCCCAGACCUCAUUCUUUCUUGCUCUAUCAUUCUGUUUCAAUAAAGACAUUUUGAAUAAAUGAGCAUACCAUA